UUCUGAUACAUUCACCGCAGCGUUGUCCGCAUUUUCUUCCUGGAUACAUCUUAUUAGCCAAGUUUGUUUAAUGCGUAUUUAUAGUCGACCAAUGAUAAUUAUGUAUGUUUGGAAUUGAUCAAUCAGUGAAUUCAUUGUUGCAUGCGUCUUUGCCAUUCCUAUUUAGUGUAAUCUGGCAACACUGAAAAAUAUAUAGCUAAAAUAAAUAAGUUGUAGGUGUUGAAUUGAAAUGCGUAAAGAUUGCAUAAAAUAAAUAAGUAAAAAUGUUAAUUAGUGAUUUGUGUGAAUAAUUCAUCGUCGUUUUGACAUCGUCAUAAUAUGUAGUGUGAAUUACUUAGAAAAUGACUACUGUUGCUUAUCACUUGCGCGAUCUUGAAUUUCUUGACCUGGGACAAAUUGUCCAUGUUUGUAUUCAGAAAUAGUAGUAAUUUUCAUUCUUCAUUCAUUAUCCUAUUUUUUACUAUUUCGUUGUUGACGUCAACAUGAGUUUCUGUGAAAAAACUUUGUUUUACAUCAUUACCUUGUGUUGUGUAUUUUUAUUAGGUAAAGAUGUCCCCAGCGUUGGAUGUGCGGUAGCUCAUUCUGCAAUUACUACCAAAUGUGAAUUCUACAACAGCACCUGUAAAGAGCAAGAAGGGUGCCCGACCGUAGAAGAAUGUGCUCAGAGCGUAGACGGUCAACAAAUCCACUGCUAUGCCUUAUGGUCUUUGCAGAAUGGUACAAUGAACGUAUCUUUGAAGGGUUGUUUUUUAAAUGGGGCUGACUGUGUAAACCAAAAGAAAUGUGUGGAAAGAGCUCACACACCUAAAAAUAAUCUGUUUUAUUGUUGCUGCGAAGGAGACAUGUGCAACUCAGACUUUUCUUGGGAACCGCAAGUGACUGAAAUGUCACCACCAAGUUCUGCAAUACCAACACAUGAAGGUGGAGGAUAUCACUUUUACUACAAUAUUCUGAUUGUAAUGGCUAUAGGACUUGUAUUGCUAGUCGCUGGAUUAAUAUAUUACUGGACGAGACGAAACAAACAUUAUUUCAAUGGGCUGCCUACCUCAGAACAACAUCCGAUGCCACCAGCAACUCCAAUUUUAGAUUCCAGACCGAUUCAGCUUAUUGAAAUCAAAGCUAGAGGGCGCUUUGGAGCUGUUUGGAAGGCAAAGUUCAAAAGUGAAGAAAUCGCUGUGAAGAUUUUUCCAAUCCAGGAUAAACAAUCUUGGCAAACGGAACAGGACAUUUUCCGACUCCCGUGCAUGGAUCACCCAAAUAUUUUACAAUAUAUCGGGGUGGAGAAAAGGGGAGACAAUCUACAAGCCGAAUUCUGGUUGAUCACCGCUUACCACGAGAAAGGAUCUUUGUGCGACUAUCUCAAAGCGCACACUCUAACUUGGAACGAGCUGUGCCUAAUUUCUGAAACCAUGUCUAAGGGAUUGAUGCAUUUGCACGAGAUGAUUCCUGGAAAAUUUCCAGGCGAACAAAUGAAACCGUCUGUGGCUCAUCGAGAUUUCAAAAGCAAGAACGUACUUCUGAAGAACGACAUGACUGCUUGUAUUGCGGAUUUCGGAUUGGCCAUCGUGUUCGAGACUGGAAAAUCUUGCGGAGAUACUCACGGUCAGGUGGGGACAAGAAGGUACAUGGCCCCCGAGAUCCUCGAAGGAGCCAUCAACUUCACUCCGGAUGCUUUCUUGCGAAUCGACAUGUACGCCUGCGGACUGGUUUUGUGGGAACUAGUAUCAAGGUGUACGGCUCAAGACGGACCCAUUCCUGAAUACAGACUGCCCUUUGAGGAGGAGGUUGGGCAGCACCCGUCUUUGGAAGAUAUGCAGGAGCAUGUGGUACAGCAGAAAGUUAGGCCGAGGAUACACGAACAUUGGAGGCAUCACCCAGGAUUGGCCGCCAUGUGUGACACGAUGGAGGAAUGUUGGGAUCACGACGCCGAAGCCAGACUAUCCGCUUCGUGCGUCAUGGAACGUGUAAUGUUGCAGACGAAAUACCAGCAGCCGACGAUCGAUUGGCGAAUAGAGAACGAGAACGUUCUGACGCCUUUGAAGGAGGAUUGCUCGUAGGGUCAAGAUUAUGGGAGGUUGAAAAUGCGGAAAACGUCAAGGAACCUCUGGUUAGAUUUUUUUCGAGGGGGAAUAUACUGGGUUUCUCCUUCAGUUCCUUUCUAAUGUGCCAAUAGAUUACGGAAGUUAUUUUUUUAUACACCGAUUUUUAUACGAAAACACAUGCUUCUUUGUUCUCAACUAGUGUGGUGACAUUGAGGAUAUUAGAGUUUUUGUAAUAGAGAAAAAACUUUCAAGAAAUGGGUUCCGUUUGAGGAAGUGUGUAUUUUUAAUAUUUGAUUUUUCAAAAUGACCUAGAUGUAACUAUUAUAAGUGUAGAUUUUAUCGAUUUGUUGUCGCUGAAUUUUUUAGGUUGUCGGCUUGAUCGGUGUUUUGAAAGAGGUGUUUCGUGUCAGAUGAGUUGAUAGGAGGAAGAUUAUCAUUAACUCAAGUAAUUUGCUCCUAAUUAUGAGUUUUGCACAAUUUUUAAGCAACCUAACUUGAUGGGCUCAGGAUAUAACCCUUGAAUCAAAAUUAAUUUGAAUUUGACAACAUUAAUCAUUGGACUGAACAAUAAAUAUAUUGCAAAGUAGAAAAAUAGAAAUGAAAUCACUCAAAAUGGUUCAAUUUUCGUGCACAUUCGUUCUUAUAAUAGUAAGCUAGUGACUUCCUUAAACUUUCUCUUUAACCAGUGAUUCUUUUUACGCACAACCACUUGAUGUGGAGUUGAUUGUCUUUCAAAAAACUUCCACCUGUCAUUUUGCCAGAGAUGCUUCAUCGUUGCAGGUCUGUUAUUCGGAACUAAAAGAACUAGUACUUUUCAUGCCGUAAAAUCGAAGCGAUUGGUAGACACAUUACUUUCAUUUCGCAGGUCAUGAUAACCUAAAAAAUUUGUGCUAGAAAAGUAUGUUGUGCAAAAAUAUAUCUUUAGUCGUUUGUUCUAAUAACGUUGAGGUUACAAGAAGACAGCGGAAAUACUAGGUGUAUUCUUAAUUUUAUUUCUGAAUAUAUUCGGAAGGGUCUUUUGACAGGUGCACACGUUUGGCAACAGUUGCAAUCGGCUUGGAAAGUAUAAUACUUUGAGAAAAUGGAAAUAUAGUCGAUGGUUAUCGAGAACUUGUAACGUAACUGUUGUUGCACCUGAAUAUUGUGUUUUCCGAAAGGAGUGUAUCAUAUGGGAAUUUCUCGAUAGGAAUAUUUGAAAUGCCACGUUAUCCCAAAGAAAUAAUGCUCAAUGUUCAGGCUUAUUGGUUAGAAUUUAUAUUUUCAAAGAUUUCGUUAUUGUUAGUCGUUCACCGAAUCAAAAUGAAAGAGCAUCAACGAUUAUCAACUUUGUUUACUCCCAAAAACUUCAAAUGUGACGGCAAAUUAUUGCAGAGCUAUAUUUUUUUGUAUUUUUUUCUGUAAACAGGCAUAUUGAAGCAAAUAACACAGAGAAUUGAUAUAAAAUGAAUUGAAAAGUUUGGUGUUUUCAAUAUUAUUUUCAAAAUAUCAAAAAAAACCGAAAAAGAGUACCUAGGAACAGAAAAUUCUAAAUAAAAAUGAAAUAAAAAAGGACUUGGAAGUCAAAUGAAUAUUUUUACAAAAAGAAGCAGACGUUAAGAAUCUGACAGAUGUGACAGGUGACAGCUGAUUGUUGAAACUUAGGUUAUGUUUAACGUUUUGAGGUUUGCUGCGUUUCGAGUUGUUUGAGAAUUUGUAAGCGUAAUGCUUUUCCGUACGAUUAUUAUUAAGUGUUGAAAGAAUUUAGGUUUUACCGUUCAACUUACUCUUGUUAUUUGUGAUAGACGUCAUAUCUGGAAGAUGAACUUUCCUAUACCGAAUAUUUCGACAGCGAAAAUAGAUUCUUUGGUAACAUGCGAUUCGUGUCAAAAACAAGUUUUUCCAUGCCAGAAAAAAUAUUGUUUCUUGACAAGCGUUUCGCUAACCGUUACCGUCACCAGGAGAUGAUUAGCAAAGAAGUAAUUGUUUUAACUAUAUAGGAUGUGGCAAGUUUGACAUAAAAAAAUUAACUGGUGAACGUUGAAUCAUUAGGGCAAAAAUUUCGCAAAAAAGGUUGAUAUAAAAUGAAAUUAAAAAUAGCUAGUCACCAAAAUUUAAAGUUAUGAACUGAAACUUCAAAUUUUAGGUCACUUGAUGAUGAAAUUUCUUACUGGUCAACCUGGAUUUCAGUUGAAAUGACAACUUAUGAUGAAAAAGAACUCUAAAAAGUUACAUUGAAGAUGCACUUUUUUGUGAUGUAACGCAUAAAGAGCUGACAUGAGUACUAAUAAUAAUAAUGUGGUAAAUUGUCAUUUAUUAUUAUUGUUAUUAUUAAAUUUCUUAUUGUUCAACUUUAGUCACUCAUUUUUGCGUUCUUUGAGGAUAUUCCUAUCAAUAUUAGUUUAUAUGAAUUGUAUGUAGUAAAAAAAUCAAGAAAUAAAUAUAACUUUUUUUAUUAUCGAGUUAAUAAAAAGUUCAGGUGUAGAAAAGAACAACUUUUAUUUUUUCACAAAAGUACUUUGAGCAUCAUUUUUGUCAUUUCGUAAAAUUCUCUCAAGGAAAGAAAUUACCAUAUGAUACAGACUUUGUGGACGAAUGGUAUGUUAUUUCGUUUCACCCUGGAAUAUACAUAUACCUCUUUCUAUAAAUACUAUCUCUUCUAUUAUAUAUGUGUGUUAUUUUUUUGAAAUUGAGAAUGCCAAUUGAAAGUAACAAUUUUUUAUUCUAGAAAAUGUGACACUUUGAUGAAUUUGACAUCUGUCUCAAGUCAAAGAUGUGUCAUCUGUCAAAGAUAUUACAUAACCUUAUAAAAAGACGCAUAUUUUGUCAUGGAACUAUUGCAAGCCAUAAAACUGAUUAUUUUUUCAAAUGAUACAAAGAUACCGCAAAAAAGAGAAUUUGAUUAAAAGUUUGUACAAAAAAUAUUCCUAGUUUUGUUGACUAGUUUGGUAAUCCAAUAAUUUUUCUGAGGAAAAGUUGGUUUAGUAACAGGAUCAAUUUUUUCUUAAAAAAAAACUAUUGUUUUCUUGCCCAUUCCUAGUUUUGUUUGGGUUUUUUUUUUCACUGAAAAAUUGUUACUUUUAUUUGGUGUAUCCACAUUCAAAAAUUGGCAAUUCAUGAGUCUUGUCUUUCCUCACUUCCGUGUUGCUCCUACAUAUGAAUAAUUUUAGACUCUUACUGAUGAAUAGUGUGCUUGAAAAAAUGUACUCAUCUCCAGGAAGAUAAACUUUUCAAAAUCAGUCAUAUAAAAUUACUGUUGAGGUGCAAAUACAAGUAUAUAAGAAUUGAAAAUCUUAAUCACUAGUAAUAUUGAAGAAGAAAAAACAAUUAAUUGAUGAAUGUCAAAUUUUAGGAGUCAGCAUUUUUUUUCCAUGUCACUUUGAAAAAAGUCAGCCACAUAUGAGGGAGAGGUAGCCUUAUGACUAGCCAGUUUUCUGAAAAAUCUUCUUCGUAAAACUAACCCCUUAGAAUAUUUUCUCUGAAUAAACAUAUUUGAUGAACUUUAGAAUUAGGAAUUUUGUGUGAAGAUUCUUGAAUUUGUGCAAUUGAAUGUUAAGUUUGAAAACGAAGAAAAAAUUACUGAAUAUAUAAAUAUAUUUUUAAUAUUCAUGUCUGUUAGAAAGAGAAGCAAUAGAAUAUAAUUAUAGAUUUCUAUUUGUUGAGAAACGUAAUAUUUUUUGACCGUUUUAUCGGCUUACUCGGAAAAUUGUAUAUUUGUUAGUUUCUCACAGAAAAUUCUGUUUGGUAAGAUGGCGGAAACAAGAUGAAGGAAAAUUGUAAAGACUGAUAAUUCGACAUAUUGAAGAGGGGAUGCCCUUGAGAAAUUUAAUAGCUUUAAAUAGGAAUUUAGAAUGUGAUCAGUGAAAUAAUUUUGUUUUCGAAAAUAUCAAGUUUUUUGCAAUUUUAGCAUGAAUUAUAAAAUAUAUUACUAGACUUUUCUGGUUCUCCUUUUCUCAAUUUGUAAUAGCAUUUUUUGGAAAUUUGAAUUCAGUUUGCUCACUAACGGUCUUGUUGGUAUUUUUUGAAUAUUUCUCCAUCUUUCAAGUUUUUUGAACUCUCCAAAAUUAAUCAGAAAAAAAAUAAAUUCACUUUUAACAUGAUAAAAAAAAGUUGAUUGAACAUUUGCCAGAAUCCAGAUGGCUUUUUGUUGUGAAAGCUGUAGCUUUUUUGAACAUUUCGAAUAAUUUUUGGGUUUCAGACCGCAACAAAGAAAAAAACAGUUUAAAAUACAUAAUGCGCUAGCAGUUUCAUUAACACAAAUUAAAGUUGGAGAAAUAUUCACUUCAAAUUCACAAAAAGUUGCUUUCAAAUGAGAAAACCUGGAA